GCGAUCACCUUAGCGACAGCGCGGGGCCGAGAAGCCGAUGAUCAAUCAUCCCACCUAGGCUCCACCUUGCCCUUGGACAGUUUUUGAUCACUAUUGUCUCGACCGUGCGCUCUGUCGCGCACUUUUCUUCGCUACCGUACUUCCCUUCCUUCCUCCAUACCCUCGCCUCAACUGCGGCGCGAUCAGCCGUACCCAUCACCUCAUCGCUGUUGAAGGCACUCCUCCGCGAGUAUACGCAAAUCCGCAUCCGAAGGACGGACGAAGGAAGCCCGCGGGAAUUCUAGAUUAUCCCCUCAUCCGGCGUCGCACAAUACCACUCCCGCUUCUCCCCUCCGCCUCGGACGCGCACACCAGCUUCCCUCUCUCACCCAGAUUCUCACCUCUGCUUCACUACCUUGGCUGACAUGGGCGGCUGCCUCUCGUCCCCUGUUCCUGGCGGCAUAGAAGUGACGGACCGCGAGCGCGCACUGCACCGGGCAGCGGAGAAGCAAAUGAAGGAAGCCAAGGCGCGGAUGGAGGCGCAGGUAAAGGUCCUUCUCCUCGGGUCUGGCGAUAGCGGCAAAUCGACCAUCUUGAAGCAAAUGCGGCUGAUUCACAAGGUUCCAUUCUCACCCCAGGAGAAAGAACACUUUCGGCAAUUGGUCUUCGACAAUCUCACCCGUGGUCUCAAGUAUCUUCUCGACGCGUUGCCGGACAUGGAUCUCGAGCUCCCUGCAGUGUAUACGGAUGUCGAUGAAGAAGGCUUCGUGCGUGGGUGGGCCCCACGGCGGAAGAGUGCAGAGAAGCAUGACGGAGAUGCCGAUCCAGACGAGGAGGGUGUCCUACCUACACAGCUGGCAGAAGACAUUGCUUUGGUCGAGAGCGCUGAAGAUUUGGGGGAUGGGGAGGUCUUCCCUUCUCGGUUCUACGGGGCGUUGUCAAGACUAUGGGGUGAAGAGGUCGUGCGAACGGGUUGGAAGCGUGGAAACGAGGCCGCCGUGCCCGAGAACUUGUACUACUAUUUCUCUCACCUCGACCGACUCUUUGAUCCCAACUACCUCCCCAACGAACAAGAUAUUGUGCGUGCACGAGCGAGGACGAUCGGGAUCACAGAGACGACGUUCUCACUGAGAGAUCACGAGAUGCUCAUGGUCGAUGUCGGCGGCCAGAAGUCUGAGCGCCGAAAGUGGAUACACUGCUUCCAGGACGUUACCUCCAUUCUGUUUCUUGUCAGCUUGAGCGGAUAUGACCAGUGUCUGAUAGAGGACCGGGAUGCCAACCAAAUGCAAGAUGCCAUGACGAUUUGGGACUCGAUAUGCCACUCGCAGUGGUUCAAGCAAACAUCCAUCAUCUUGUUCCUCAACAAGGACGACCUGUUUGAGAGAAAGAUCCAAACUUCCGACAUCAAGACAUAUUUCCCGGACUUCGAUGGUAGGCCCGGCGACGCCAGUCAAGGGCGAGACUAUUUCAAGAAGCGCUUCGGGCGAUUAGCUCAGAAGGCUGGCCGUGCUAAGGAGCGGGAAGUAUACAUGCACGUGACGACAGCGACAGAUACGGAGUUGCUAAGAGUGGUGAUGGCUGCAGUUGAAGAGUGAGUGUUUCCGAUUCUAUGUCCACCUCCGCCCCUGCUCCGUUUUCUCUCGACUUCUGGCUGCAUCCUUGAAUGCUCAAUACCACACUGCAGCAUCGUCCUGCGAUCAAACCUCGCUGGAGCCGCGUUGAUCUGAGGCCUCGUCCCUCGUUUCCUUUCCUUUCUAUCAUUUCUUUUUUGCUGUGUCUAUGUCUUCCUCUGUUUAUGCGUUAUUUACGUGCUUUUCCGCUCCUUUGUUUCUCUCCGCGCGCCCUGCUGUACCAUCAUCCUCCCACCCUCCAUCGUAACCUAUCGCGUGGCGACCGCUCGUAAUCAUCCGUCAAAACUGUAUCGUUCCUUGGCAUCAUCCCACCGUGCACCCUUGGCCCGCAUUCUAUGUAUAUAUCCAAUGGCGAUUCGCUUUCAAUGCCCUUCUCCGAAACAGCUCCAUAGUCACCAAAAAUAUCCGCACUAUCAUGCUUUGAUCUGCGCGUAGUUCUCAGAUUAUCAUCAAGGACAGUGACGACCGUCAACCCGCUUUGUCCAGGAAUAUUGAUGAGAUGCUUUGACCUUUGGGCUCGCGCUCAGCAUCGUCGUCCUCGGAUGUCAUAUUGUAAAUUAUAUCGACCUAAACUAUGCACGCUUUCUGCACUUGGAAUUCGCAUUAGGAGAACAGAUUUGGAAAAUAGAUCGGACCCAGAGACUUUUGGACACAUGUCUCGUUCUCGUGCCGAACGGUCAUCGCAUCGGAAGAGGGGAUAGCCACCUAUCGAGAACGAGUAUCGCCUAACCGCAAUUGGUCAGCAUGGCCCGAGCGCGAGAAUUGGGGCGGUCGCUCAUUGCCGCUGUUUCUGGAUAAUCCACGAGGAGAAACGCAUGACAGGAUCAUGAAAUACGGUAGCUGUUCUGAAAUGCUUCGCCUGAAUGAGCCGGAGAUGUUGUCUUUGCAUAGGCCCGCAGUGCGAAAGGACUGAUGUAUGCCCUCUCUAGUUGUACGCGGGAUAGCCCGGGAAGCAGAAGCAUUCGAGGUGGAUAGAACUGGGCGACGUACAGCAGAGAGUUUCAAGGGCGGUCUUAGCAGUGAAAAGCCCGAAUCAUUGCUGCGCGAAAAAGAAAGAAACGAGAUUACAUGCACCAGGCAGUAAAUCCCAUCGGCGGACCAGUGUGCGAAUAUACAGGAGCCGUUCGACAUCGCACUUCACACGAAUCGAAAAAGAAGAGGUAUGGUGGCUCAAGAAGAGUCUCAUUACUCCGGGAAAACGUUGAAGAAUCAAUCCACGCCGAGAAUAUCCUCGUCCUGCCGAGGGAGAAACCAGAACUUGCACAGGUAAGCUACUUCUCUGUGAUCAUCAGCUAUACUUCCUCCAAUUGUCGCGGCUGCUUGAAGCCCU